AUGGCGCCCCUGCAGCGCAGGCCGCGGCCCGCGUCGCCGACGCUGCUGGCGCAGCGGGCCGCGUACCAGGCGCAGCUGGGCCGGAGCGGAGGCUCGCUGUCGUCCUCGGCGCCCGUGCUGCCGGCGCUCGCGGACGCCGCCUCGCGCGGCGCGCUGGCCCUGCCGACAGACAGGAGCUCCCGCAGCCUGGCGAGCCUGAGCUCCGCAGCCGCGCCGCGGCCGCUCAAGUCGCUGCUCCCCGCCGACCACCCCGCCGAGGCCAGCUGCUGGCACGGCACCAGCGCGCUCCUCAGGCGAUGCAGGGAGUUCGAGGCCUCGGGCAAGGACACCGACUGCCAGACGUCGUGUGCCCCCCGCAAGAUGCGGGGCCUCGACCUGCUCUACUUCCAGUCGGUCGACCCCCUGGAGGAGGGCGGCCCGGGGAGGACGCGGCGGCGUUCCAGCAUCACAGGGGUUGACGAGAAGCAGCGCAGGAUCAGAGCCGCCCUGAAGAGCGUGAAGCUCUUCUCAGACCUCGACAGCAAGAACCCUGGGCUCAUAGCCCAGCUUGCGCAGGAGGCAUCGGUGCAGAGGUUCGCGGAGGACUUCGUUAUCUUCCGGCAGGGCGACCCCCCGAAGAAUUGCUACGUCGUCAUGCGUGGCAAGGCCGGCGUCUACAUCCAUCGCCGGGGGAUGCGGUACGAGGACACGAGGCCUUCCCCUGCGGACGGUGGCGACGAGCCCGACAACGACGACGGCUCCGUGUGCUCCUCGCCGAGGUCCCCCAUGUCGCCCACGAGGGCGGGGCGGCGGCGGCGGCGGGCGGGGCCCACGCCGCGCAACGCCAAGGGGCUCGACAUGAAGGACCGGUUCAAGACUGCCGAGGGGUUCAGCAGCUUCAACAAGCACUCCGUAUUCGGCAAGUGCGAGAAUGUCCUUGGUCCUGGAAUGCUCUUCGGGGAGACCGCGCUCGACAACGACGACUCGCGGAACGCCACCAUCAAGUGCGAGGAGGACUUGGAGGCGCUGGCCAUCCCGAAGAAGUAUUACAAGAGGGCGAUGGCCCAGGUGAACGCCCAGAAGGACUUCAUCUGCUCCAACCUCCCUGGGGCCCAGUUCGGCUACAGGCUGACGCACCCGGCCACCUUCUUCGUCCUGCGGGAGUUCAAGCAGGGCCACGCCUUCCUGCACGAGGCGGUGCGGGCCUCCGAGCGGGCGGUGUUCUGCGUCUUCUCCGGCCAGGUGGAGGUGCGCCGCUACCGCCGGGCCACCGACAACCCCGCCUACGUGCUGGCUCACCGGCCUCUGGACGAGGCAUCCUGGAAGAGCAGAUGCCCGCCCCCGCCGAUGCUGGCGGACAGUGCCCUGAGCCUCGCCAGGCCCUCGGACGGCGCGCCCAAGGCCGUCCGGGACGGCGCCGCGGCGAGGGCGAGCGCGACGUCCGUGAGCAGUAGCUUCAACAUGCCGGGGCAGAUCGACGAGGGCGGCUCCGGCUUCGGCGAGGACGACUUCGGCCCCACGCUGGGCGGCCAGGGGGCGACGGGAGCCAAGUGCCCCGCUGAUCAGGUGGCCAUCGACGUCGUCGAGAAGGGAGCCUGCUUCUGCCCGCUGUCCUUCUACCCGCUUCCCGGGGCGGAGCCCUUCACGAUGGUGGCGGUGACCGAGACGGUCAGGGUGUUGUGCGCCUCCGAGCAGGACGUGAAGGCUUUCCCGGCCAAGUUCGCCAAGGCGAUGAGGAACUCGCUCAUGCAGGACAUGACGAGGCGCCUGAAGGCCGUCAAGAGGAUGGACCUGGAAACGGCCCAGGACGUGGCGCGCCCGGAGCCCGAGCCGCCGAGCCCGAGCCCGAAGCACCUGCGGCGCCCGGUCAGCGCGGGCUCGAGCGACGGCAGCUUGCUCUCCGUCGGUCAGGUACGGCCAAACCAGCCUCAGUGCACCGGUAAGCUGCCCAACUCACCUGUGUUCUCUCCAGGCACGGCCGAGAGCCACCCGUGGGGAAUGCCCGACAUCAUGACGGGCGAGACGCGAGCACGACAGCGCGAUUCAUGA